CGGAAACCAAGCCGUUGCUCACGGUGGGGAAGGGUUUUACAAACGGACUUUGAUUUUGAUCUGUUUUUAUGCCUGCAGAAUCUACCAGUGUGAUUGUUUCAUCUUCAAAUUAAAAUUGGUUGUCCUCACUUUACAACCGAGUUCCGUUCCCACAGCAGCGACGUACUUUGAAUCGUACCAGGUGGAGGGAUGAGUCGCUCCCCUGUGAUUGACACAGAGGUGCCGGAAAUGGCAAACGGGGUAGCGACACCUCCCUCUUCGGAAAACAGUCCUCAUAUCGCAGGUUCGUUGAAUUGUGUGGGACUCAAAGAGGACUUCCCCGAGGAGGGGUCAGAAGAGGGCUCCCAGAGACACACAGAGAGCCACAGAGUACAUGAUCACCGUUGUUUGGACACCGAAAUCGGUGACGAUGUCAGAACAGGUCAUUUUUCCCCACACCCAUCUCACGAGAUGGACCUCUCCCCCUCUGAGGACAUAUACACCACACACACUGACUAUGUAGUCGAUCCGGCGGGCUUGGGCGCUGUGCAGCUUCUGCAGCAGGACUGGUCAGGGAAAGCGUCGUCCGAGCAUUCGUCUUGUAGAGGACAUCCUGUCACCACAGAGAUGGACAGUGGAGAAGAGGAGAAAGAGAAACAAGAUGAAGAGGAGGGUGAGAAGAAUGACAAGAAGUGGCGGAAUGAGUCUGCGCGAGAGAGAAAGGAGGUUGAGACUUUACGUCACUACUCCUCCUCAGCACCUGGCCCCAGCACCUCCUCGUCCUCCUCCCCGCCGCCACCACCACCUCUUCUCCCCUCCGAUGACACACCUUGCCCCCCUCACGUCAUGGCCCAGGUGUGGGUACGCAACGUCCGAGGGAUGCAGGACAGCAAGAGCCUGGAUGAGAUCAGCCAAGCGUGUGGAGUAGGAGCGGGGGUCCGGGGGGCAGGCAGAGGGAGUCAAACCGAGGGUCGACGGGCAACCAUCUCCUCGGCCCUUGAGCUGGAGGGCACUGUCAGCCACGAGGGAGACCUGACCAACUUCAUCACCAAGAACCUGGAACAGAAAAUUAAGAUGAGCUCAAAGCCCAGUCUGGACUGCAGUGACUCGGAUUGUUCGGGUCCCAUCUACCGUAGCCGAGGGUUGUCUCGACGACCGGCAGAUAUCCCGCCCAUUGAUCCAACCGUCCUUGUCGACCUGCAGAGGCACACUCAGGAAGUGGCGCAGAGUGUGGAGACGAUGAUGCGCAGCCUCAACGGAACCAUCCAGAAUAUGACGGCUUUGAGCGUUGGCUACAUUCAGACAUACAGAGACUCGGUGGACAGCCUGGGAGAAUCUGUGGACAUGAGUAUUAAGGGCAUGUACACGCUGAUGGCGCGUUGCGAGGAGUUGGACCGCUCCAUGCAGCCCAUCAACAUCCUGGCGGCGCAGAUCCGAGACAUCAAGCGAACUCUGGACGCGCUGGAGGCCAUCUGCAAGUAGCUCCGGCCAACAUUAGCGCUUCGCAAAGACUCCAACACCAAGCACACCCCAGGAGGUCCUCUGCAAGUAAUCCCACCUUUCUGCACUCUUUGCAACCGGGCUCAUCUUUUUGCAGUACCAGGCAUGCUGGAUGAUUUGGCCCUUGCUCGUUACGGAACGAUAAUCUUGUUUGUGCAUUGUACUCGUUCAAAAGGCUCCGUUGUGAGACCGUUGAAGACGCGAGUGUUGACCUCCGCUUUGAGGAGCAAAAGUAUCCGUCCGGGAAUCUUUGUUCAGGUUGCACUAACCUCUCCUUCCCACAUGGGGGCGAUGUUUCUCUGUUUUGCUCCAAGGACAGUGAUUUUUAUUUUUAUCUUUUUGGAGGUGGGCUGGGCGCUAUUUUUAAUAAAAUGCAAUAAAGGCACACACAUCCUUCACUGCAGGCCAAGCGGGGGAAGGUGAGCAUGACGGAGAGCUGCUUGUAUUUAUUUUUAUUUAUUUGGUUACAUUGCAAAUUUGUAAGUACAGUAACUUUCUUUGGGACUACUGAGAUGCCAAAGCGCCAUUUCGAAGCGUUCACCGUGUUUCAUGAUUGCUACCUAAAGGACAGAUUAAAGCUAGUGAUUGAUGUUUCAUUGCCCCCUAUGUCAGAUUUUUUUUUUUAAUUACUAACCUUCAUAUCACAGGUGCCUGCAUGGACAGUUCUUGUUCAUAUUUUGUCAGCCAAGGUCAAUGUCGCAGCUCCAGAUUUGGAGUUCAAUGCCAUAACAAGUUUCCAUGACGGACAUUUCGAUGAUGUUCGGUCAUCUUCAGAAUUGACUAUGAUAUGAAAUCACUGUAGUGUCGACCCUAUAAACCACUCAAACAAAUAGAUUCACUUGGGGAUUCAUUGAUAACAAAAUGAGCUUUUUGGACUGUGCUGCUAAUAAAACUGGAAAAAAAAAGUGAAGGAUUGCUGUUUACAAUCGGUUGCUAGUUCGCCUACUUCAUGUUGUUUUCUGUCAUGGGGCAUCAUCUACUGUUAUGUCAUAUUUGAUUCAAUAAAUUCACUCGGGGGCACCAAGA